GCUGUAACGUAACAAAAUGUGGAAAAAGUGAAGGGGUCUGAAUACUUUCUGAAUGCACUAUAUUUGUGAGAUUGAGGGACAGACCAGCUUCACGUGGUCUGACAUGGAAUUUGAUGAAUUUUCUUCUCUUGCAGCAGCAGAAUGGGAGAUUUGUUGAAAGAGAAGCUCGAUCAGCUUCAGUGUCACUUCACGUGGAGCCCACAGAAGGAGACCAUUGACCUGGAUGAUAUGGUGUACAGAUUACAAGAUGCCAUAAUCUUUGCAGAUAAAUAUCAAGCUGCAUCCUACAACCAACUCGCUUUUGUAAACUGCCUGCAAGGCAACAGUGAGGAAGCUAUUCAAAACUUAAAGGAAGCUGAAAAGAUUCUGAGGGAGAACCACAAAGAUGCAUUUGAAAGAAACAGCAUCAUCACCUAUGGAAACUAUGCCUGGGUGCAUUACCACAUGGGACAACUGGACAAGGCCCAGUCCUACCUCGACAAGCUGGAGAUGAUCUGUAAACCACUCACUGAUGGUCCGCGCUAUACAGCAAUGAUACCUGAAGUGUAUGGGGAGAAGGGAUGGUCAUUGUUGAGUUCUGCUGCUCCACACUAUGAGGAGGCUAUGAAAUGUUUUGAGAAAGCUCUGGAGGAAGAUCCCAAUAACACGGAUUGGAUCAUGGGCAAAGCAACUGUUCUGUCCCGUCUGGAAUCAUUUUCUGGAACCCCAGAGAGUCGUGAACCAAAUCAGUCAGUGAAUUAUCUGCAGCGUGUACUGGAGCUAGAUCCAGAUGAUUCAAUGGCCAUGGUGCUGCUGGCCUUAAAAUUGAAAGAUGAAGCAAAUAAAUUAGUUGAGCAAGCAUUGCAGAAGCGCAGUACGGAUCCAUAUGUGCUUCGCUAUUCGGCAAAAUUUUACAGAGAGCAAGGAACAGUGGAGAAAGCAAUCAAUCUAUUCAAGCAAGCGUUAGAAUUAACUCCACAUUCGUGCUUCAUACACCACCAAAUUGGAAUAUGUUAUAAAAUUAAACUAGAAAACCUUGGUAAUAUAAAUCCUCGCAGCCCCGCAACUCCGCAGCAAACUGAGUUGAUCAGUUUAUGUAAAUAUCACUUUGGAAAAGCCUCUGAGUGCCGUCCACGGUCAGCUAUUAGACCAAUGUUGGACUUAGCCAAGGUUUACAAAAUAGAUGGAGAGUAUUCUAAGGCUGAGGAGAUCUACAAUAAUCUGUUGAAAUUGGAGGACAUCCGUCCAGAAAACAUGCAGCAGAUAUGUUUCGAGGCUGGGUCAUUUAAACUGUAUCAGAAAAGAUCGGAAUCAAGUGCCAUCAGCCUAUUUCUGAAAGGGGUGAAGAUUGAAUAUGAUUCAAAAGAUCGGAAAAAGUGUAAGAAAGAAUUGGAGAAGUGGGCAGAUAACAAACUUCCCAAUGCUCCACGUGACAGCAAACCUUUUAGUGUGAGAGGGUUACUGUAUAAGAUGGAUGGGAACAAGUCCAAGGCUAUUGAAUGCUUUGAAAAGGCCUUGAAGAUUGAUCAUGAGAAUGAAGAAUAUCUGAGUGCUCUUUCAGAAUUACGUCUUAGUGAUUGAGCACCACAAGGAUGCUUAUAAUAUGCACCAAUUUCAUCUGAUCUAAGGAGAGGUUUGGUGAUGUGUGUGUUUUACUGAUUAUAUUCUGAUAGCAUCAUCUUUGAAUGAAGGCUCUACUUAUCAGUGUGAAGUUUUCAAAAUGAUCUUGUGUUUCACUUAAACAUUUAAAAAUAAUUAGUCUACUUUAAAAAAUAAUAACACCUCAAGCAAACCAAUCAAAUGGAAUUUAGUUGUGUAAGUGUGGAAUUUGUGUUUAGUGUGGAAAGAUGGGAAUUGGUAAAUUGAAGCACGUGGAACCAGAUAUCAUUGAUGCUCCUGGCAAGUUUCCUCAUCUAAGUCUUUCACUUUAAUCAUUUACUCUUUAUUUUUUGUUGUUUCUGAAUGCACAAUUAUAACUUUGGCAUGAUUUAAUUUUCAGGAUCAUUAUAAGAUGUCCUACAUUGACAUGUCUAUUAAUUAAAGCUUCAAAUCAGAGAUUGGUUCUGCCACAAACAAAUCGAAGGAACACACAAAGAACAGAUCCUUAAAGUGUGCAUCCUGCUACAGGGAGUGACGGAGGAAAGGCUGGGGAGGGGGUCUGUUGGGGAGGGGAGGGUACCAGGAUAAUUAAUGGGAUUUCAAGAGAUGAUAUUAUUGAUAAAGGAAAGAUUCAAGUUGACAUUAUCAGGCAUAAUAAUUAAUCAAGGACAAUGUAGCUACAAAACUCUAAUCCAAUUUGAAAAUACCAAUGGAUUGGUAAUGGAACCAGAAAUUGGAAGUGAUUAAUGGAAAGAUGAACCCUUCCACGUGGCCAUCCCCAACAGUGUGGAUAUAGCCAGAUGGCAUUCCUGUAAUACUUUGUACUAUAAUGACUAUAAUACUUUAUACUCUGUAACUUUGGCCAGAAACGUGGCGACUCUUUGUGUACUUUGUGUAUUGUAUGCUAAAUAAAGAAUUUCACUGCACCCAAGUACAUGUGACAAUAAAGUAUCAUUGAAUUAUUGAAUCGUUCAACCCUCUGUGUAAAAAAACAUGCCCCGCAUAUCUCCACUAUACUUUACCCCAUCACCUAAAAACUAUGCCCUCUUAUGUUGAACAUUUC